UGGAGUUCUCCUGCGACGGGCUUUCUGGGUUUACAGCUUGAAUAUACACAAUCCAAGACGUGCAGUUCCUGUGCCACAAUAAGGGUCUUCAUUGGAGUCCACAUGGGAGGAAAGGAACCAGGGACUGUGGAGGAACACAGGCAGGAUUAAGGUUCUAACUCGGGUUUUACGCACGACUUGAGAGGACUCUCCCCGGAAACGCGCUGCAGAAUAUGAGCCUGUGUUCUCCAGAAGAGAUCAUAUGAGCUGAGGUUCUAGAAGGAGCAGUGCUGCCGGGUGGAGGAGAGGCAGGAGUGGAGAGGUUGGAGGAUACCCGGCUCCUCCAUUGAUGCGGGGCAGAGAUGCCACACAGAAGGACCAUUCUCCAAGAUGCAUUUAUUGAUCUCCAUGUGGGGAAUUCAAGAAGAUACUGGGUCGUAUGAGUCGGAAUGACCUCCGUGGGGAUCAGCCCUGAGAUGCUGGAGGUGGCAGAGGAGGCCACCCGGGCUGGAGACUUCAGCCUGGCUGUGGAGAUCUACAGCUCCCAGCUUCAGGACCUCCAGCAGCCGGACAGAUGGUUGUGUCUGAGGAAGGCCGACUCUCUGACCCGGGCUGGGAGGAUCUCAGAAGCUUUGGACUCCUACUGCACGGUGGCCAACCUGGGGAAGCUGAGCCCAGAGGAGCUCUCCAUCCUGGUGGACACCAUUGCUCGGACACUGCGGGAGAAGGAGUUGGGCAUCUCCAUCACUGGGACCAGCAUUACGCACGGAGAGGAUGGAGCUGACAGUGAUGGAGAGGACCACCCAUUGGACCUGUUCUCCUGUCGGCUCUGCAGGUGUCUCCUCCAUGAACCCACCACCCUGGAGUGUGGGCACACCUUCUGCAAAAGCUGUGUGGAGGAGGACUCCGUGGAGCAAUGCACACACUGCAAACAGAAGAUGAACAGCAAGGACGCACUGCCCAAUGGCCGCAGGCUGGACGUGGUCCUCAGUGGCCUGCUGGACAAGCUCUUCUCCACAGAGAGCAGAGCCAGGAAGUUCUGGAUGGAGGGAGAGCUGCUGUGGAAGAACCAGAAGCUCUCUGACGCGUUGGAGAAGUACAACUCUGCAGUGGAUCUGGUGCCCUCUAAAGGCAGACUGCUGAGUCAGCGGGCUGAGUUGCACAUGGAGAUGAGGAACUUCAGUCAGGCCGUUCAGGACGCCAGCAUCCUCUGUGGGAUGAAACCUCUGUGGACGAAGGCCCACUGUCUUAAAGCGACGGCGCUGAGUGAAGCGGGCCGUAAGGACGAGGCUCUGCAGGAGUACCUGGUGUGUGUGGCUCUGAAACCAGACUGGACCAAAGUCAAACUGGAAGCUCAGAAGGUCCUCAGCGAGGUCUUCUCCUCCGUCUUUGAGGAACAGGACAUACCGACGCCGCUGCACCCGCUGCAGGGAGGGAUGAACACCCGCCUCAUCAAACCCCCCGCCCUGCUGAGGACGCUGAGGCCGCUCACACAGAAGCCCGGCGCCACCUCACAGGACUCAGAGUUCAGUUUGACUAAAAGCCCUCCGGUGGACGGCUCGUCCUCCAGACUCUCCCCUCCGUCUCCCGGUAGGUCAGAGAGUGUUGUGGGGGAGAAGAGCACCAAGAGCCUGGCCGGCGUCCUGGCUGCUCUGCCGGCUGCCCCCGGUGGCCUGAAGAGGAAACACAGUGGAGAUGGACCGUCGGCGGUCUUCAACCCGCCCUCCAAACUGCUCCGACCCGACGAUGAGAGCAGCGCUCAGACGACCUCGGCGUUCAGAGGACGGACGUUUCCUGCUGAGCUGUUGGACAGCGGAGACAUGGAGUGUUCACUCUGCAUGAGGUUGUUCUACGAGCCGGUGGCCACUCCCUGCGGACACACCUUCUGUCUGAAAUGUCUGGAGCGCUGCCUCGACCACAACUCCAACUGUCCUCUGUGCAAAGAGAACCUGUCUGAGUAUCUGGCCACUAGGGGCUACAGCAAGACCCUGCUGAUGGAGGAAGUGCUGCAGCGUUACCUAGGAGACGAGCUGGCAGAGAGGAAGAAGAUCCACGAAGAGGAGAUGAAGGAGCUGUCCAACUUGAACCAGGAAGUUCCGAUCUUCGUGUGCACCAUGGCGUUCCCCACCAUCACCUGCCCGCUGCACGUGUUCGAGCCCCGCUACCGCCUCAUGAUCCGCCGCUCCAUGGAGACCGGCACCAAGCAGUUCGGCAUGUGCAUCGCCGACGAGCUCAAAGGCUUCGCCGACUACGGCUGCAUGCUGGAGGUGCGAGACGUCAAGUUCUUUCCUGACGGUCGCUCGGUGGUCGACACCCUCGGCGUGUCGCGGUUCAAAGUCCUCAGCCACGGGCAGAGAGACGGCUACAACACGGCCAAGAUCGAGUACCUGGAGGACAAGAAGGUGGAGGGGGGGGAGCUGGCGGAGCUCCUGAAGCUGCACAACGCCGUGUACGAGCAGGCCAACAACUGGUUCACCUCCCUGAAGGACAACAUGAAGAGCCAGAUCCUCAGCCACUUCGGACACCUUCCCAGCAAAGACUCCGACCCACAGGCGAGUCCCAGCGGUCCGGCCUGGUGCUGGUGGCUGCUCGCCGUCCUGCCGCUGGAGAACCGAGCCCAGCUCACCAUCCUGGCCAUGACCUCCCUCAAGGACCGCCUCAUCGCCAUCCGCAGGGUCCUCAUCUUCGUCACGAGGAAGAGGCCGCGGUGAUCGCCCGGAGGAAACUGACCCUGAACCUGAACGUCUGGGACUUCUACCAAGUUCAGCAGAUCACUCAUGACUGACUCAUCCUCUCAUGUGGGCGUCCGUUACCUCUGUCAUCUCCUCGCCGGUUCUCUCAGACGCUCAUGGACUCCUCGCUGUGUCGUGUAGCACACGUCAGACACACCGAGAGCGUCCACCUUCAUCUUCUCACCGGAUGAAAUCUCACCAACAUCACAUCUCCUGUCAGGUCAAGCUGCUUCACUUCCAUUCAGAUGAUUCACCUGAAGGAGCAAAAAGAAAACAUCCCGUCAUUGUUCCGACUUAUACUGAGCAGUAUUUCUUCUUUAGCUGAAACUGAACCUUUCUGUGCAAAAAAGAACUCCUGAAAAAUGAAGCAAAAAAUUGAAAAAAAACUAGCAGCGUGGCGGCGAAACACGCCACAGUGAAUGUACCCGGUCUGACUGUAGUAUGUGGCCGUUUCUAUUUCUAUUUUCUCCUACCUGUAUUUACAGAAUACGUUUGGCGAGGUGCACAUGAGGCCGGAGGUGCGUGUGCAUCAGCUGCUUCCUGACUGAGCCAAAAAAAAAACCUGGAGCUUUCUACCUGCUGCCUCACCUGCUGGUGGGCGCGUACCUCAGACCGUCAGUAGAGGGCGCCACGAGACUGUGACCGCGCCCUCCAUAACACUAACAAACCACAGACGUGCUCCGCUUGCUGUCAUAAGAGAUUAAAAAGCAUUUAAAGAAAAAUGCAGAAACAAACGCACCCUUCAAGUUGAUGUGGAGCGUCGUGUCCUGUUGUAGCAUAUCUCUGGGACGUCACACAGACGUAGUUAUGGGUUUGAUUGUAUAUUUUCUUCUUCUUCUUCUUGUGUUCUUUAUGUUUCUCUCUCUCUGCUAUGUACGUGUAUGGUGAACUCUUAAGUCGGGGGGGAUUCACGUGUCUAUCAAUGUAACUCUGAGGCCUUUUUAAUGUUUUAUUUAAGAACAUUUCACCCUCUAUGUCUCUUUCUCUUUCAGAUACGUUUACAUGCACGCUGUCAUGUGAUCACUUGUGUUUAUGUUCAGUGUUUCUCUCCAGAACAUGUGGUGCGAAUCCUCAAAGGCAUCACUGACGUGUUCUCAUUUAAUCUUAGAUUCACACCACUGACUGCUGAUCAGUGGAGGAGCUUUAAACAUGUUGGCAGCAGUGUGAUCUCUGCACAGAGCUAUUAACAAAACUGGAUACUAUGAAUGUAACGGGUUAAAUGUUGCACAAUAAUGACCCCGCAUUCAAAAUGUACAUGAUGGUUAGAUUAAAGGUACAAUAUGGAAAUUCUAAAUUAUUUAUUUUUUCUUCAUUAGACAGAGGAAGGUGUGGAGAAAAGAAUGGAAACGGAGAGAAAAAGGGUCUGAAGAGUGAAUCCAAAGAUGAAUGUCUUAAAGCUGCAUUCUCUCUGCUGUCCACCAGGGGGCGACUCCUCUGGUUGUAUAGAAGUCUAUGAGAAAAUGACUCUACUUCUCUCUUGAUUUAUUCCCUCAGUAAACAUUGUAAACAUGAGUUUAUGGUCUCAAUCUCUAGUUUCAAGUCUUCUUCAAUACAGCAUGAUGUUCAUUUAGUAAAUGAUGCUCCAUUUAGAGUCAAACAGACCAUAAAGCAGGGGAUGCUUUAGGGCGGGGCUACACACUGAUUGACGUUUACAGUCUGUGGUUAUGACAUGAAACAAAGGUUAUGUAGCAUUCAUUUCAAACAUGUUCACUUUGUUUUGCCACUAGUAGCUCAGUGGAGGAAUGUAUUUAUGAGAUGCUUACAGUUGUGUUUACAGCAAGCUUCUCCACUGAUCUUCUGGUUGCUAUAACAACUGGAGGAAGACUGCUAUCUGAUGUAAACAAGACACGUUUUAAAAUAUUCAGCUUUGCAAAUGUUUGCUUUUCUGAGGAUUCAAUUUGUUUUGGUUAGAAACACUGAAUGUAAACUUCUUUUAAAAGGAUGAAUGAAUGAUGGAAGAAGUGUUGAAGUCACAUUAAGGUUAACUCUAACUGACAGCCAGCUGUGUGUUGUGAUGUCAUUCUCAGCGUGCGUCUAAACUCCCGUCUCUCUCUCUUUGUGUAAAUCUGUCCUUCCAGAUGUUUGUGGCUCCUCUGCAGUCACGUGCUCGCCGUGCGGCGCCGGUUCACAACGUGCUGCGUUUCCCUGGUAUAUUUGUUAAGGGAGAUCUUAUACCUAUUUUUUAUUGCAAAUAAAGAAAGACUCCU